CUCGGUGAAAACCUCGAAAAACGCGCGAAAGUUUGUUGACAUCGGGGACGUGGUGGUGCUGUUCCUGUGCAUUUCUAUUUGCGUGUUUUAGGUAAACAUUGCUGAAGAUGGAUGACUCUGAGGAUAUUAUUGAAGGAUCUGAUGAAGAAGGCGAAACUAUGACGGCUGCUGAGGUCCUUCAGAAGUUAGAAGAGGCAUGGAUAACAGAAAAGAUGUCGCCAACACUAGAACGGCAUCAGAGUGAAUAUGUGGAGUGCAUGCUGGAUCAGAUCAAGCAGAUGACAGAAAACCUCAAGAGAUGCAAAAAGCAUGAUUUCAGAGUAGCUAUUCACAAGAUGGAGAUUGAUCGUAUACGUUACAUGAUAAGCAGUUAUCUUCGGAUUCGCAUUGAAAAAAUAGAAAAAUUUGCUCAUUAUUUAUUAGAGAAAGAGAAAACAACAGAUGAAGAGUCUUCGCUACUGUCUGCCAGUGAGCUACAGUAUGCCAAAGAGUAUGCUGCAAAUUUAGAAUCUCACUUCCAAAAUGUGGUUUUGCAGCAUGUUCCUGAAAAUUUACGAAACUUUGACCCAGGAAAAAUGGCAGUGAAGCCAAAUCUUGACUCCUUUGUGUUUUUAAAAGUUAAGGAAGAAUGUCCAGCUGUUGUCAUUGAAGAUGACAGUGGUGAAGGAAGAGAUGAAGAAAUUGAUUUAGAAAAGGACAGCCAGCAUUUGGUGCGAUACAAACCAGUCUGCCAUUUAUUACAUUCUGGUGCUAUUAAGCUUAUUUGAUAUCUAAAGUUUCUACCACUAUGUACCCUAAUGAUGGGCACUUGGAGUGAUGGAUAUGUCUAGAACGGCCAAGGCUGCAACUAAAUGUACGUACUAUGACCAGGUUAAAUGUAGCCAUCACUGUCGGUUGAUUUUAAUGUCUCCAAUAACCCAGCACUUGAAAAUAAAUGGUAGACUUUAUGGAAUACUGAAACUUAUCACCAAAAAUAAUACUGAUUAAACACAUCACUGGAUUGCAACCUCAAACCAAGAAGAGCACAUCAUCUUCAAACUGGUCACACUUGUUUUAUCUUUGGCUAUUUAAAGAAUAGCCCUUAUGACCUAGUGAAUGAGAAUUUCAGCCAACAUGGGAAGUAAAGUUUCAGAAAUAAUUCAAUGUUAAAAUAGCUGAUAAUGAUGUCAACAACAUCAUUUGUGCUGGAGGUUUUUCAGAAUACGCCACCACAAAAAGUGCAAGAAUAACAAUUGCAGAAAAAUGAUGGAUCUAUACUUGUAUAGAAAUUAAAUAAAAUGAUGCUGCCAAAAGCCACAUCUGUUGUGACCUGUUGUAAAACCUCCCAUAAGUAAUUCAGUAAAACUUCUCAUUGUAUGUAUAGCGAAUAUAUAAGACUAGAAUAAAGAAACCAAUAGUAACUUUACAAAAUCAUGCAUUAAAGUAAUUUUGUUCUGCCUUUUUAACUGGUAACUCAUUUUACCAAAGCACCCUCGGGAGAUAGUGCUGUCAGUGUACCUUGCGCAAUGCACUGUAGGCAUUACUUAAGGUUCUUUGCAGCGUCCCUUUGACCCAUGGUUGCAACCCCUUUCAUUUCUUUUACUGUACCUCUGUUCAUAUUAUCUCUCUAAUAUCUUACUUUCCACCCUCUUUUAACAAUUAUUUCAUCGUGCAACUGCGAGGUUUUCCUCCUUUUACACCUUUGUAACCUUUCUUUCAGUUUUCCUUUUAGUGCCCAAUGACCUCAUAGGUCCCAGCACUCGGCCUUCAGCCUAAAUUAUAUAUUCCAUUCUAUUUUACCAGAGGAUAUUUUUUUAUACUUAAGGCAAAUGACUAAGUCCCUAAAUGUAGAAAUGUAAUAUCACAAACAUUUUUCUUGUAAUAAAUAGGCAUUUAAUCCAAA